GCUUGGGCUUUGUUGGCUAACCUACCUGCCUCCCUUGCUAUGGCAUCUUGGCAGGUGACUUACUUAGUGUCUGCCUUAAGGGGCUGCUGGGGGGAUUAAAUGAGAUAAGACAUGUAGGUGUUUAGCAAUAUGUCUGGCUUGGUUAAGUGCUCAAUAAAUGAGUUACUAUUAUUAUAGGAACGUUUAAGUGGGAGCUGGGAGAAAAGGACAGUCUUCUGGAUGGAUUUCAGAAGUUUUUGUGAGAGUGGCUUGGGAGAUAUGAUCUCUGGGAAGGCUAACAUCGGGGUCCCCCUCCUGGGUGAAAAAAAAAAAGUUUAAGGGACGAGAAGGGGAGGUUGUAGGGUAAAGAUAAGCACCCCCCUUACCCCAGGGCUUUUUAGAUCUUUGUUCUCUGGUAGUUGAAUAACCAAAGGGGGUUUGAAAGGGCACGAGAAGGAACAGAAAGACAGUUGGAUUUCAGAAUAAGUAGGGUGUAUUUCUGUUGGUAAAGGAGACCCAGGAUACCGGAGUUAAGUAGACUCUAAAAACAGAAUAUAUGCUUUCCCCAAAUUGCUCAACUUCCUCUGUCUGUUCUGGGCCUGUCCAGUAUAGCUCAGUGAAAACUUAUUUACCCAUAGUUUUAGGAAAUUAGAGUAAACUUGUAUUUGGGGAAGGUGUUUAUAGGAAUUUAUGCUUAGCCCAUAGAUCCUGGUAUGUUUUCUUAAGGAUGAAAGGGCCAGUGAGUUGGGCAUGGAUGCAGCCAGAGGUUUCAGUCUCAUUUCUUGACCUUGUUUCCUCGGAAGCAGCUUGAGGAUCAGCCUUGGGGUCAUGACGCAAGUUUCGGGCGGCCACCUCUCACUCUGUGUGGGGAAGUGUGCAGAGUUCUCUUAGGACGCCCGAUCACGAGUUGGACUGUACUUACACUUCCUCUAAUCUGCAUGUGAACAAGCCUCUGUGGCACAAUGUGCAACCUUCCUGCCUUUCUUGUUCAGGGUGAGAGAGAAGUGGGGCUAAGCCGGGGCCUGGAGAGAGAGAGGGCUGUGCAUUCUUUCUCAGCCGCAGCCCUGUCCUCAGCUACUUUGCUUGGGGACAGCUUCCCCAGGGCUGCAGAAACUGCACCCACCCAGCUGACCGUCAAUCCUUUCUUCUGGGUCCCUGGUUCUAGAGCAGAGCUGACAAAGGAGAUUUCUGAGAGAGGGCGUUCUUAUCACAGAAAGUGCUGAGCCAAGAGCUCCUAGCCUGCCCCUUGCAGACGGGAAGGGCCAGUGAACCUUGGACCCAGACAGUUGCUUAACACCCCUCUCCCCCUCCCUCUGUCCCUCCGCCCUUCUUGACUUCUUGAUAUGACUUAAAUCCAUAAGCAUUUGCCCGGCCUUUCCUUUUACUACUGGCUGAAGAGCAGGAGUGGUCAGAUCACAGCUCCCAGAGGCUGUGUCUCUGUGUGGCCGCUGCCUCGGGGACCUGCUUCCACCCAGGGCCAGGGAAGGGCAAUGCCAGAAAGCUGGUGAAGGCUUUCUUCUCCUCCUCCACCAUGGUCGACGGCGUUAAGUAUGAAGUGGCCUCCCAGCAUGAGAGGGACGCCUCCCCUUUGGCCGAUGAAGCCAGCCCCAGGUCGGAGCAGGUAAAACUGAAGAAGGAGAUCUCGCUGCUGAACGGCGUGUGCCUGAUUGUGGGGAACAUGAUUGGCUCGGGCAUCUUUGUCUCCCCCAAAGGCGUGCUCAUAUACAGUGCCUCCUUUGGCCUCUCCCUGGUCAUCUGGGCUGUUGGGGGCCUCUUCUCCGUCUUUGGGGCCCUUUGUUAUGCGGAAUUGGGCACCACCAUUAAGAAAUCUGGGGCCAGCUACGCUUACAUCCUCGAGGCCUUCGGAGAGCUCCUUGCCUUCAUCCGACUCUGGACCUCCCUCCUCAUCAUCGAGCCCACCAGCCAGGCCAUCAUUGCCAUCACCUUUGCCAACUACAUGGUGCAGCCCAUCUUCCCGAACUGCUUAGCCCCCUAUGCUGCUGGCCGCCUGCUGGCUGCUGCCUGCAUCUGUCUCUUAACCUUCAUUAACUGUGCCUAUGUCAAGUGGGGAACCCUGGUACAAGAUGUUUUCACCUACGCGAAAGUAUUGGCACUGAUCGCCGUCAUCAUCGCAGGCACUGUUAGACUUGGCCAGGGAGCCUCGACUCACUUUGAAAAUUCCUUUGAGGGUUCAUCAUUUUCAGCGGGCAACAUUGCUCUGGCACUGUACUCGGCUCUGUUCUCCUACUCGGGCUGGGAUACCCUCAAUUAUGUCACCGAAGAGAUCAAGAAUCCUGAGAGGAAUCUGCCCCUCUCCAUUGGCAUUUCCAUGCCCAUUGUCACCAUCAUCUACAUCUUAACCAAUGUGGCCUAUUACACCGUGCUCGACAUGAGAGAGAUCCUGGCCAGCGAUGCUGUUGCUGUGACAUUUGCAGACCAGAUUUUUGGAAUGUUCAACUGGACCAUUCCAGUGGCAGUUGCGUUAUCCUGCUUUGGUGGCCUCAAUGCCUCCAUUGUGGCUGCGUCUAGGCUUUUCUUUGUGGGCUCAAGAGAAGGCCAUCUCCCUGACACCAUCUGCAUGAUUCAUGUUGAGCGGUUCACACCAGUGCCAGCUCUGCUCUUCAAUGGUCUCAUGGCGCUGAUCUACUUGUGUGUGGAGGACAUCUUCCAGCUCAUUAACUACUACAGCUUCAGCUACUGGUUCUUCGUGGGGCUGUCUAUCGUGGGUCAGCUUUAUCUGCGCUGGAAGGAGCCUAAUAGGCCUCGUCCUCUCAAGCUCAGCAUUUUCUUCCCCAUUGUCUUCUGCUUCUGCACCAUCUUCCUGGUGGCUGUUCCACUCUACAGUGAUACCAUCAACUCCCUCAUCGGCAUCGGCAUUGCCCUCUCAGGCUUGCCCUUUUACUUCUUCAUCAUCAGAGUGCCAGAGCACAAACGACCUCUUUGCCUCCGCAGGAUUGUGGGUAAGCCUUGGGUCCUCAAGUCGGCUCAGCUAUUGUACGGCCUGGUUUUUUUUUUUGGCUUUUUCUGCAAAUCUAGUCUCCCAAAUCGCCUUCGCCAUAGCUCCUACCCGUUGUUGAGGCUUAACUGUAAUUGUCCCCUCGGGCCCAGCCCCACUCAGUGCCACCUGAACUCAGCCCAGUUGACCUCUUCUGUUUUGACUCAAACUUCUCUUUGUAGCAUCUGCCACGUGGUAUGUCCAGGUCCUAUGUAUGUCAGUUGCUGCAGAGAUGGAUUUGGAAGAUGGAGAAGAGCUGCCCAAGCAACAAGAUCCCAAGUCUAACUAAACACCACGAGAAAUCCUGAGAUGUGGGCAGCAGGGGCCUCAUCUCCUACUGGCUGGAGCCAAGGAAGCUGAAAAGCUCACUUCUUUGGAGGCGUCUGUCCAGAAGCCUCUUAGGCAGCUUCAACAACCUCUGAACUUGCUUUCUGAGAGAUGGAGAGUAAUUUAUUUGUUUUGCUACAUAUUGUUCCGUAUUUCUUUUAAAGGGACAAUAAAGCAGACUGUGAUGGGGAGCAUGCCAGGUAUGGGCCUGGAUGUUCCACUGGCACAUUUCCACGUGUUAAGACAUCCACUCACCUCCAGUGUGCCUGCCCACUCCUCUUUCCCACUGAAAGACCCAAUAAUGCUCCAAACUUCCCGUCUCCUUUAGAGAGACGUCAAACUGUCAAAGGUGCUAGACAAUAAAAGGGUAUGUUCCUGAGCUCUGAA